CGCGGAGCUUCGCCAUAUUAAGGGCCAUCCCAAACCAAUUAUCGCUGAGUGCGAGUGGACUGCUCAGCCCUUAGAUAGCGAGUGUGCAUCAGUGCAGACUUCUGAUGAGCCCAGCAGAAAGCGCAACAUCACAAUGGAGGAAACAACGUACAUAUGGACAGAAGAAAAAACAAAGCAGUUAAUCGAUCUAUGGAUUAAAAAUGAGAGUCUCUUCACUAAAAAGAGGAAUGGGAUGGAGCCAUGGGAGCAUCGCCUUCUUAUCCCAGAACGGGGGAGAUCUUUGUGAGAAAAAAUAGAGCUAAGCUGAUCCAUGGUGUGAGCAAUGUUGAACCAAUUUUGGAUGAGCUCCUCACCAAGGGAGUUAUUCAACAGGACAGUUAUGAUAAAAUCAGCGCUCUCCCAACCUCGGCGGAGAAGAUGAAGGAACUCCUCGAUGGUCAUCUGAAAACUGCUGGAGACAAAGAAAUCUUUUUCCGCAUCGUUGAGAGACUGGAGCCUCAUCUUCUCAUCGAGGAGACGUUACCACUUGAUGCACAGUGUGGGAUUAUUGACCCAGAACCAGUCCAUGUGAGUAGAUCCUCAGCUGUCUAAAGCAUCCUUUUUGCC